CAUAUAAUGUUACUGUAGGGUUGCAGUUGGCAGCCAAUUGUAGACUUUGGAUAGAAGAUAUCUAUACUAACCGCAUAGCUGGUGACGGAAAAGGACAAUACGGUGCGUGUUCAGAAAGUCUUAGGGAUGAUAGUGCAUACAAUCAAAUUGAAUUUCCAGAUCAAGAGUACUAUGUAGUUACAAAAGUUGAAGCGAGUUUUCGUAAAGAGAAAAAGCGAGGUCCUUUCAAUGGCAAUGUCUGUUUGUGCAUAAGUGGUACUGUUGAUAUUUUUAGUUUUGAUACUGUUGACUGUGGACAAUUAUUUACAGAUCAAGCAUGCACGGGCUGA